AUGGCAUGCGACUUCGCGAUUGCGCGUUUUCGGUUUCUCCAGCGACUGCUUUUGGUGCACGGGCACUGGUGCUACGAUCGUCUCUCGCUGACGUUCCUCUACUUUUUGUACAAAAAUACGAACAACGUUUUCAUACUACUGUUUUUCCAAUUCUACAAUGGUUGGAGUGCGUCGUUCACCACUGACCCGGUCUAUUCAAUUUUGUACCCUAUCAUAUUUUCAAGUCUCCAACCGAUCAUCGUGGGUGUGAUCGACCAGGAUGCACCGGCCGAUGAGUUGCUGUCGAAUCCUGCGCUCUAUGCCCCAGGCCGGAGAGGAACGAAGUACACGUACCAACUUUUUGCCAUCAAUACCAUUGAUGGAAUCUGGCAGGCGGCCGUGACUUUCACUGGUCAGGAAUGUGGACUGUGGCUCUUCGGGUUUUACAUCGCAACUGGCAUGAUGUUCACCAACACAGCACAUCUCGCCGUGGAGGUGCGAUGUUGGAACGUUCCGUUGGCUACCGUAUUCGUUUUCUUCAUCGCUUUUCAUUUUGGUUUCUUCGCCAUAUACGGCCUCGUGGUCCAACCUCAAAUUCUCUUUGAUGCACCUGUGCACGUACCGAAUCAAGCCAUGAUGACACUGGAUUUCUGGCUUGUAAUGGCGAUCACCACAAUCAUAGCGAUAUUUCCA